GAGAGAGAGAGAGAGAGAGACUGGACUCUCAGUUGGAGUCCGGUAAAGCGCAUGCGCAGUAGGAGAUGAAGCUUCUCCGCUUUCUUUUCGGCAGCUGGCGUGAGGUUCUGGAAUUCCAACAUGGCAGUAGAUGUGGUCAGUAUUUCUAUGGUGGUCAGUCUCUCCAGCCCUGACUUGGAAGCAUUCCAGAACAUUACCGACUCGGAGUAACCCUCAUCCCCCUCAUCUCAGCAGCACGGCUGGACGCUGUCGCCGUUCUCCGGCGCCGAGAAGUUUGGGGUUCAUGUCUGCUUAAAACACUAUUUACAUGUGGUGUGUGUCUUUCAACUUACUGGAAAGUCUUUCUCUUCGCCUUGUGGAAAUCACUGAAGUGAACCUUUCACUCCUUUCUGUCUCUCUCAAUCACCUUGCUGAUGUCAAGCAAUAUGAUCAGCGGUGUAUAUGGUGUGACCAUGCAGUGGAGCCCUGAGCAGUCUCAGUGGGCGGAGCAACAUUAUGACAUCACUUCCACCACACGCUCACCAGGGCAUAAGUUCGAAGCACUUAGGGAUCCAAGGCUAACAGGUUCGACCUCAGCUGCAGCGUAUCAACAUUCAUGGGCAAACGAUGACAUUUCAGCUCUGACCGCUUCUAACCUGCUCAAGAGGUAUGCAGAGAGAUAUUCAGCCAUUCUGGAUCUACCCUGUGAGAGUGGAUUUAUGGGAUAUUCAGACAUCUCCGUUAGUGUUAGGGGACCUGGUGUUGUGAAUAAUGGGCCACCCCUUCUUAAUGCACGGAAGGUGGAGGCAGAGCCAUGGAUGGAGAGUGUCUACCCUCCAUUAGGUUGCAUGCCCGAACAUCUUCCCAAAGCACCACACAGUGUGACGGAUGUGUCUGUCAGUGCAUGUAACUCACCGGUUAUAGGCAGUGGGACUCUUCCAGAACCUAGUUUCUCAAGCAGCAGUUGUCACAGUCAGACUGGGAAUCAGGAAUACAGCAGCACUCCCUACAGCACUCCCUUCCUGCAGCCUGUAGGCAAUUACGGUGGCUCUCUUUUCCACCCUACCCCUUCCCAUGCAAGUCUGGUAUCAACCUACAAUGCUAACACCUCACCAAACCUAGCUGCGUACAGUUACCCUAACACCCGUUACCCCCCACAGGCCGUUCUUCCUGGUGGAUACAGUCCUCCCUCGGCGUAUCUUCCUGCAGGUGUAACUCCUCCCAACCCCCUUCCAGCUGUGGGAUACCCAUACCAAGCCACCAGCCUGGGAGGUAGUGUCUCUGAAAGUGAUGUCCCAAGUGCUACCAGCCUUUCAAAGUCAUAUUACCCGUCAACUCAAAGCGAGAUUGGAGUAUUUGAGGAGUUUGAUUUUGGCAGCAACUCUAAUUCAGACUCUAGGUCUGAAGGCAGCCCCUUAUACAGACCAUCAGGAAAUGAAACGGUGGACAAGCAAAAUGGGUUCAACCAGUCGGCAGAUGUAAAAUCUUCAUCUUUCAAGCCAGUUAAUCACGGAGACUCUUUAAGAAGCCUGGGGACUCUCACAGUAGCCAUGAACAGACAGAACACUGGUACAUCCGGACAACGCUUUCCAUCUACCUCAGCUUCUAUUGUCACUUCUCACCAACAUCAUUGCCUUGACACAAACACACCAUGAGUGAUUGUGCCCACACACAACCAGAAGUGCUUGAGUUGAUGAUUUGUGUGAGUGCUCCCCCUAGUGGAUUGGAGGUAGAAAGGAGGGACUUGCUCAAAGCCAUAGAGUUGGGCCUCAAAAACAGGUGCAGCAGGGGAAUUCUGCCCAGGAGGUCUCUUGGUGUGCUGUUCACUCUAAAAGACAGAAGGAGAUUAGUUUCUCCAUUCUGGAAAAAGGACUAUGAUGUUUAUGCCCAGCCUAGCCGAGCCUAACAGGUAAUUGCGAGACACUGACCUUCUCACUCUGAUGGAAUGGACAGACCAGUAUAUCCUCUAUGACGGACACAUAUUUCUGAGAGGUUCGGAAAGAAUUUGCUCCUCUAUUCUGAGAGAUAUGCAAGCACAUGAAGGGAAUUUAUAUGUGUAAUGGAUGUGUUGUGGCUGCCAUGGAGAAAAGGAGUCAUGGUAACAAAUGUGCUGGUUGGACACUAGCUAUGGUGGACCAUAUUGCCAUGGUGUACAUUCUGUGUGUGCUUGUGGUUAUUUAUGUGGUGAGUUUUAAUUGUAAAUUCUGUUCCCACUUUUUCCACAGGAAACUUUACAAAUCCUGGUUGUUUAAAGUAUGUGAGUGUGGGAGAAAUAGAUAAAACCUCAGGAAAGUGUCUGUCAGAUAAAUGGCGUAUACCUGUGUUUGUGUGUAACAGAGAAGAAGAGGGCAUUUUCACAUACCAUCCUUAGGAAAAACCCAAUUCAGCUGACUUGAACCAGGUGGUCCAAAGCAAAAUGAUUUUUAUCUGUUGCUAAGUUUGUAUGCACUUUCACUGCAUUUUAAGAGAGGAUACUGAUAUGUUGCUAGACAUCUUUUUUGGAGCUAAGUUACAAGAUCAUUCUAUGAAACAUUAUGCAAAAGGUUUUUGCAGUUUUUUAGUAUCUUAAAGCUGCUGUGUAUCAUUUUUUCUAUGAGAAAUUAAAUUUUCCUUUCGAAGGUUAAUAUGCAGAGAAAACAGUCAGUUAUUUGUAUGUUUAAUUCCCAAAAAGUGUAAACACUAUGGUUCUGUGGCGUUUUGUUUGAGUGGCCCAACCUACCAACACUGGCUUAACAGUGUUCGGUCUGACCAAUGUUUUAAGCACAGGGGGAAUGUUUGAACUGAAAAAAAAAAUCUUUAUUUUUAUAAUUCCAAACAAAAUUACAAACCGCAGCUUUAAAAUUUGCUGUUCAAUUUAUAAUAUUUAGUAAUUCUCAGUCUUGGGCUGUUCUGUCUAUUCCAUCAAUUUCUGCUGUUGUCUCAAAAAAUGUUGUAGACUAUCUUGAAAGUUAAGCAUAUUGAGAGAAACAUUACUUCAGACAUAAAAACAAAAUGAAAUUCAGAUUAUUUCGGCUACUUCCUGAGACGGUCUUGGCCUGCUUGGCCACCAAAAAUAAAACAUUGCCUUAAAGGGUUGGUUCACCCAAAAAUGAAAAUUAUGUCAUUAAUAACCCUCUUGUCAUUACAAACCAGUAAGACCUCCAUUAAUCUA